GCAAAAGUAUGACGUAAUAAGUAUAAAUGGCGUUGUCUCUAUGGCUGCAGACGACGCGAAGGUAAUCUUGUCACUAACACGAGCUAGAACAGCGCUUUGUCCCCUUUAACUGCAGCUUAAUGGUCGAUUGUGACAGCGCCGAUGGCUACUGGGACAACUGUUAUGUAGUCUGAAGCAAGAGUGUGUGAAACUCGUCGCACACAACUAACGGUGUGCUCUGAAACGCUACGUUACUGCAGUUAGCUCGCUGCUAAUGCUGCACUUAUCGUUACGGCCGUGUUGCUAAGAGAAGGUAGCUCGAUGUAUCACAAAGAGAAGAGCAUCCAGAUCAAAAACAGCGCCUCGGCGCUGUACAACAACCUGUGCGCGCUGCGCAUCGCCCCUCGGCGCCUCACCUACUUCACGGUGGUCCACGCUAACGUGGUCAACAUGGUGAGCGCCUCCUGGGACGGCCUCAACUAUUCCCACCGCCAGCUGCAGUCCAAGGAGCCCAAUGUCGCCACGAGCACGUCUCUCAUCAUGCAGGCUGCCUUUUGUUCUCUGCCCUCUCGUGAUCUGCUGGUGGUGACCUCUCAGAAAGGCAUCCAGGUGUAUGAAUCUGAUGGCUCCAUCAUGGUGUACUGGCAUGCCCUCGACAUUCCAGAAACACAGACGGCUCAAGCCAUGUUUGCGCGAGGAAUAUCGGCAGUGCGUGAUAGUUAUAUAUGUGUUGGCAUUUCAACUGGUGCAAUUCUAGUAUUUGAUGUUCCCAGUAAAGGCAGUAAUAUUACCUUGUCAGAUGUCCUGGAGGGGCACAAGGAGUCCAUCACUGACAUGGCCUCAGAAUGCUGUGGUGGCGAGGUGUGCAUAGCUGAUCUGGUCAGUGCAGACGAUGGGGGCAACCUUUGUGUGUGGAAGUCUGGGGAGGAAUUUAAGUUACUCAACCAUAUCCCUGGCUUUGAUAUUAGCUGCUCAUCUGUGAAGUUGUGGAAAGGUACAGUGGUGGCCGGUUACGGCACAGGCCAGAUCCGUCUCUAUGAGGCAGUGACGGGAAUCCUGCAUGCUGAGGUCAACGCCCACGCUCGCUGGAUAUACUCACUGGACAUUGCUCCCUAUUCUGGGCUCCUGCUGUCUGCUGCUGAGGACUCUCUGGUCAGGGUGUGGCACCUGACAAUGACCCCAGAGAGCCAAAGCGUGGAGAUUGCCCAUUUGCACAAUGAGUGUGUGACGGACACGCAAAUCUGUGGUGCCAAGUUCUGUGACGCAGAUGGUUAUGCCUUUGCAGUGACAGGCUAUGACCUCAGUGAGAUUAUCCGUUACACACAGUCAUAGCACUAUGUAUAUGAAUAUUAAUUCGAUGUAUUGGAGUGUUUCUGAAAAGACAUCAUGAUCCAGAGUCAAAAGGGCCCAUGAAAGGCUCAUGUUGAGAUUCUGCAAAGAAAGAGGUAUUCUUUGGGGAGAAGCAUUGUUUCCACAGCUUUUCUUUCUCCGUAUCUACAAGGUUUGAAGGAGAUGGCAUAAACAACAUUAUUCGAAAGUAAAAAGUAUAUGAACAAAUGUUUAUGUGUAUGAAAAUGCAACUUUAACAAGUUAUAAAUUAUUAUAUUAUUCCUUCUGACAUAAUUAUUGUUACAAGUAGCUGUACUAGUAAAGUUUGUCAACAAAGCAGCUGUGUCUUGGUCGUAAAUCUGCACUUCCCAAAUGCACCAACAGAUGGGGCUAUGGGUCAAUUAUCUUUGAGCAGGGCAUUGACAGUAUAGUAUAGUAUAACAGAUUUCACUAAAUGACAGAGGUGUUGCCUAAAAGGUUAAAGGCUAUAGACUGAUUAUUCGAGAAACUCCACAUUUUGGUUGGAUACUGUGUGCAGAACACAAGACACAGACCACUCAUGUCAAAAUCGCAGCGAGAGUUCAUAAACAUUGUGUUUCUCAGAUAAGAUACACUUUUAGAGUAAGUAAAAGCAAUAUAUGAUAAGAGGUAUAUCAUUAA